CCCAGGUGGACAAGGAACACCGCUUCCCGGCGGCUCAGGGUCUGAAAGCAAUUUAACCAUUUACCCUUCGGUUAUAUCCCCAUUUCUCUGGUGGAAAACACAGGCCAAGAGGCCAAGGGAUUUGCCCUCAGAGGGGCAGAGCUGUGCAGCGUGCUAACGUGGUUACGAUUCUGGAGUCAUUGCUGGGUUUCCAUGGCAACUACGCCACUUCCCUACCCUGGCCCAAGCAGUUGCUUCACCUCCAUGAGCCCCACUCCCCCGACUGUGACAAGAGGGCGUCUCCCAGCUUUAUUCUCAUGAGCUUUGGAGAGAUGAAAGAGGAUACAGAAUGCUCUUAAAUGGGGGAAGAAAGACUCAGUUUGGCAUAGAGCAGGUGAAGAAAAUGGGCGAGCUCGGGCUUCUGGCCAUGGACGUCCCCACUGAGCUAGGCGGUGCCGGCCUCGAUUACCUGGCCUACGCCAUUGCCAUGGAAGAGAUCAGCCGGGGCUGUGCCUCCACCGGAGUCAUCAUGAGUGUCAACAAUUCUCUCUACCUGGGUCCCAUCCUCAAGUUUGGCACCAAAGAGCAGAAGGCACAGUGGAUCACUCCUUUCACCAGCGGCGACAAAAUUGGCUGCUUUGCCCUCAGUGAACCAGGGAAUGGCAGCGACGCGGGAGCCGCCUCCACCACUGCGCGGGCAGAGGGCGACUCGUGGGUCCUGAAUGGCACCAAAGCCUGGAUCACCAACUCCUGGGAGGCCUCAGCCACCGUGGUCUUUGCCAGCACAGACAGAGCCUUGCAGAACAAGGGCAUCAGUGCCUUCCUGGUUCCCAUGCCAACGCCUGGGCUUACGCUGGGGAAGAAGGAAGACAAGCUGGGCAUCCGGGCCUCAUCCACGGCCAACCUCAUCUUUGAGGACUGCCGCAUCCCCAAGGACAAUCUGCUGGGGGAGCCAGGGAUGGGUUUCAAGAUAGCCAUGCAAACUCUGGACAUGGGCCGCAUUGGCAUCGCCUCCCAGGCUCUGGGCAUCGCCCAGGCUGCCCUUGAUUGUGCUGUGACCUAUGCUGAGAAUCGCAGGGCCUUUGGGGCACCCCUCACCAAGCUCCAGAGCAUCCAGUUCAAGCUGGCAGACAUGGCCUUGGCCCUGGAGAGUGCCCGGCUGCUGACGUGGCGCGCCGCUGUCUUGAAGGACAAGAAGAAGCCGUUCAUCAAGGAGGCGGCAAUGGCCAAGCUGGCUGCAUCAGAGGCUGCAACUGCCAUCAGCCACCAGGCCAUCCAGAUCCUCGGUGGCAUGGGCUACGUGACGGAGAUGCCAGCUGAGCGGCACUACCGUGACGCCCGCAUCACCGAGAUUUACGAAGGCACCAGUGAAAUCCAGAGGCUGGUGAUCGCUGGGCACCUGCUCAAGAGUUACCGGAGCUGACCUCCUCUGGGCGCCGGCCUGCACCCCAUCUAGGAGCUGGGCUGGCAAGAGGAUCGUGGGAAAGGGGACAGGAGCCUCGUGACCUUAACCCUGACUCCCAGUCAGAGACGGGGCGGACAGCGGAGGGCCAUGCCGCCUCUGCUAGGACCACCCGCCCUUGGUCGCCUGGUCUGGACUGGCUGGAAGGGUCGCUCUGUGCCCUCACCUCUUCCCGCCUGGACCAGUGCCUGGGAGGAGGCUCAGGGAGGGGCUGUCCUCUGUGCCAGGGACACGGUCUUCUGCUCAGUCCUUGACGUGGCUCCCUUUCCACGACUGUGCCUUAUUUUCUUCAUCAGCUUGGAGGCCGGGCCGGGCUAAGUGGUCAGGUGGGGGCUCCCCAGUUCUGUUCUUUUGGGCCCUGAGGUCAGGGGUCAAAGGAAUGGGUGGGGCCAGAAGGGCCAGGCCCUAAAGUAGUGACAGUUUUCAGCCCCAGGGGACCCUAGUAUUGGGAAGGCUCUGGGCCUUUGUCUUUCUGGGAGCUUCCUGAACCUUAUCUUUGUCCAGUACAAUUUUAGCAGGUGGUCCGAUGGGGCGGAACUGCCUGUAAUAAAGAAUACCUGUGUCCUGAGCGGCCUAGUCUCUGCCUGCCGGGUGCUGCUGUGGGGGAGGGAAGCCGAUCCAGAGCCGGAGGCAGUGAGCAGGCAGGCCUGGCAGGUUG